AAAUAAAAAAGGCCGAGACGAUCAAUUUGAUCAAAAGGUAGUUUGGGUUAGGCGGAAGGUUCAGGAAAGAAAGGACGACGGAAUGAAUCGUACAGAGUCCGGCGAGAAAAUAUAAUCGAAACACUUUCAGUUUCAGAGGAAGAAGAAAAGUCAGAGAGGGGAGAGAGAGCGGAGGGACGCUCUUCGAAAACUCCUCCACUUGGCGGUUACAUCGGCGGAGAAAGUCAUGAACGGCGGUCCCGCUGGUUUCAACAAUGCGCCAGUCACAAGAGCGUUCGUCAUUUCUUCUACCCUCUUCACCCUCUUCUUUGGGAUCCAGGGCAGGUCUGCCAAGUUCGGAUUGUCCUACCAGGAUAUUUUUGGGAAGCUCCGUAUACUAAAGCUGAUUGCCUCAGUUUUUUCCUUUUCAUCAACGCCAGAACUUUUGUUUGGACUUGGUCUUUUGUAUUACUUUAGGGUUUUUGAAAGGCAGAUUGGAUCAAACAAGUAUUCAGUGUUUAUAUUGUUUUCUACAAUUGGAUCGUUGCUCUUCGAGGCCCUUGCCCUAUCACUUCUGAAAGAUCCAACUCUGAACUUGCUUACAUCUGGACCUUAUGGCCUCAUUUUCGCUUCAUUUGUGCCCUUCUUCUUUGACAUUCCUGUAUCAACAUGGUUUCGUGUCUUUGGCAUCCGCUUCUCCGAUAAGUCGUUCGUAUAUCUUGCUGGUCUGCAGCUUCUGUUAUCAUCUUGGAAAAGAUCCCUCAUACCUGGAAUCUGUGGCAUCCUUGCUGGCUCCUUGUACCGUCUAAACCUGUUCGGUAUCCGGAAAGCAAAGUUCCCUGAAUUCAUGGCUACAUUUGCCUCCCGAUUUUCUUGGCCGUCUACUGGGAGUCCACGUGUUCCGACAACAACGAGGGUCAAUGGCACAGCACCAACUGUUCCAUCAUACGCAGGUCGCCGUGUGGAGAGAACAUAUCCUACCCCACCAGUCCCUUCUUCGGUAGAACCAUCAGAGUCCGCCAUCGCCACAUUAGUUUCCAUGGGCUUCGACGGCAACUCGGCAAGACAGGCACUUGUGCAGGCUAGGAACGACGUCAAUGCUGCUACCAACAUCCUUCUCGAAGCCCAAUCUCACUGAUAACUCAUGGGUGGAUGAAAAUUUCAACUGUAUGGGCUGGUUUUAACUGGCACGAGCAACAGAUCACUAUCAGCAGGAUUUGGCUUGGGUGACAUCCUGAAAGAAUGGUGGUUUUGCUCUCGUUGUCAUGAAUGUAGGUAAAUAGUGUUAGUGUGGACAAAAGAACCCUUAGGAGAUCUUACCAUUGUUUUUAGAGUCUGUUCUUACUGCUGCCCUGCAUUUGGAACAGGCAACGGAUGCAUUAUCUGGCUUUGUAGUAUUCUGCCUAUAUUGAACAGUUGCAGAGAGAGAGAGAGAAGGGAUCUUCAUCUUUAUGAUUCAGUAAUAGUUUCAAUCUGACUAAUAUGUUCAACAACAUUUCUCCUUUACUACAAUUUCGAUCUGUAUCCCUAUUUUGAUGGCAGUGUAUUUUGUUCAUAUUCUGGAACAGCAGGCAAACUUUAUUCAUUCACUUCAACUUCAAGCA